AGCAAACUCGUCUUUACCCUGUUGGAUAGAGCAAAAAAGUACUAGUAAAAUACAAAAAACUUCGGAACUCUCUCGGAAAUGAGCAAGGACUAUCAAUCAAAUCUGAUUAGAAUGCAACACCAGAUCAGAAAUAAUGCACAAGAAUACAAUGAGUUUGUAAAUGAUUUGCAAAAGUGGACAAAGGAAAUUUCUGAAAAGGAUAAAAAGUUGCAAGAAGGAGAAAAGAAGAAGAGUUAUCCACCUGUUAGAGGAAGUGACCCAACAACUACAUCGGCAACAACACAGCCAACCAGUGCAAAGGCUCAACCAACACAACUGGAUCCCGAUGAACAAGCAGAAAAAGCCAAAGAAACUGGUAAUGAAUAUUUUAAGAAAGGAGAUUUAAAUAAGGCUAUUGAAUUUUAUACAAAGAGCUUACAAUUCAAGCAAGAUGCAGUUGUGUACAGUAAUAGAAGUCAAGCACAUUUCAAAUUAUCUAAUUUUAUUGAAUCGGAAUUGGAUGCCACUCGAUCACUCUCAUUGAAUAGUAGUUAUGUCAAGAGUUACAUGAGAAGAGGUAUGGCAAGAAGAGAAUUGAAGAAAUAUAAGGAAUCUAAGGAAGAUUUUGAAUAUGCUAGAAAAUUAAAUCCUAAUCAUGUGGAAACUGAAAGAGAAUUAUUGAAAGCUAUCGAAUUAUUAAAGAAGAGUGAGGAAGGAAAGGCAAAAAAGGUUGUCAUUCAAGAGGAUGACGAUGAAGAGGAAGAAACAAAGCCAACUCCAAAACAAACAACUCAACCACCAGUAGUAGAAAAACCAAAAGAACAAUCGCCAGCAGUCACCAAAACAACAAUAAUUGCUGACGUUAAAAAACCUGUUGUGGAAGAGGAAAUUGAGGAUUUAAUUACAACAGGAGCAUCUAAGAACAUUAAGGAAAUGACCAAACAACCAACUCCUGAACCAAAGAAAGAACAACCAGCUAAGACCCAACCUAAAGUUGAACCAACUCCUGAACCAAAGAAGGAAGAAUUACCAAGAAGUGAACCUGUCAAGAAACCAGAACAAAAACCAAUUGUUGUUGAACCAGUCACAAAUAAGGAACCAGUUGUUGAGACUGUCAAGGUAACAAUCAAACCAACAUUCCCUCAAUCAGCUCCAAAAUCAUUCUAUGAAUUUGAAAAGCAAUAUAAGGAAUUAAGAGGUGAAGACUUUGCUAAUUAUCUCAGAAUCAUACCACCAACCCGAUUACAUUCAGUUUUGCAUGAUUCUUUGUCACCAGAAGUUUUAGUCACCAUUCUUUCAUCCAUACAUAAAUACUUUUUAGCCAAACCAUUCAAUAAGGAAGACGUGGAGAAUGCUUUUGAAUUAAUGCAAAAGAUUGCAGAUGUGAAUAGAUUCGACAUGACUGUCAUGUUCUUGGAGAGUUUAGAAAUGCAACUUGUCAAGGCAAUCUUUGAACUCUUUUAUCAAUUCAAUGGAAUUGAAACACAAAAGAUUGACUCUUUAAGAUCUAAAUAUGUUAAUUAAAUAUUCCAUUGAUUUCUUUGUAA